UAUCUUCUAUUACAACAACAAAUCUCAGCCGUCCAAUUCACCUUUCUUGCAUAUAAAACCACAGAUCUCCCCCCUCCCCCGAACCCUUCUUCUUCUUCAUUCCCAAAUCACCUGAAGACCUAAUCUUCCAAUCUGUAGGUGAACGAUGUUUGGGAGAGCACCAAAGAAGAGUGAUAACACCAAGUACUAUGAGAUCUUGGGAGUACCUAAUACUGCUUCACCAGAUGAUCUCAAGAAAGCUUAUCGUAAAGCUGCUAUUAAGAACCAUCCUGAUAAGGGUGGUGAUCCUGAAAAAUUUAAAGAGAUUGCCCAAGCCUAUGAGGUUUUGAAUGACCCAGAGAAACGUGAGAUUUACGAUCAGUAUGGUGAAGAUGCUCUCAAGGAAGGAAUGGGUGGUGGAGGUGGUGGACACGACCCAUUUGACAUAUUCCAGUCAUUCUUUGGUGGAAGCGGGUUUGGUGGUGGUGGAAGCAGCAGAGGAAGAAGGCAAAGGAGAGGAGAGGAUGUUGUCCACCCUCUCAAGGUUUCUUUGGAGGAUCUUUACAAUGGGAUAUCAAAGAAGCUUUCACUAUCUCGCAAUGUGUUGUGCACAAAGUGCAAGGGAGUAGGGUCUAAAUCAGGUGCUUCAUUGAAAUGUCCGGGAUGUCAAGGGAAAGGAAUGAAAGUUUCGAUUAGACAACUUGGCCCCAUGAUCCAGCAGAUGCAGCACCCCUGUGGUGACUGUAAGGGUAGUGGCGAGAAAAUCAAUGAGAAGGACAGGUGCCCACAGUGCAAGGGUGAGAAAGUUGUGCAGGAGAAGAAGGUGUUGGAAGUUACUGUGGAUAAGGGUAUGCAAAAUGGACAAAAGAUAACUUUUCCAGGAGAGGCUGAUGAAGAGCCUGAAACUAUCACUGGAGACAUAGUUUUUAUCUUGCAACAGAAGGAACAUCCCAAGUUUAAGCGAAAGGGAGAUGAUCUCUUUGUAGAACACACCUUGACCUUGACUGAGGCUCUAUGUGGUUUUCAGUUUGUCUUGACUCACCUAGAUAAUAGACAGCUGAUAAUUAAGUCCCAACCUGGAGAAGUUAUCAAGCCUGAUCAAUUUAAGGGCAUAAAUGAUGAAGGAAUGCCAAUGUACCAGAGGCCAUUCAUGAAAGGGAAACUGUACAUUCACUUCACCGUGGACUUCCCAAACACAUUAACCCCAGAGUUGUGCAAGAAUCUUGAAGCAGUGCUGCCGGCAAGGCCUAAAACACAAGCGUCCGAUAUGGAAUUGGAUGAGUGCGAGGAGACCACAUUGCGUGAUGUGAACAUUGAAGAGGAGAUGCGUAGGAAGCAGCAGCAACAGGCCCAAGAGGCAUACGAUGAAGAUGAGGACGAUAUGCAUGGUGGUGCACAGAGAGUGCAAUGCGCACAACAGUAAUUUGAUACCCGUUCGGUAGAUAACAGGACUUAAUUCUGUCAAGUAUCAAGCCCUGAUCUUGGGUUUGAUAAUAGGGCUAAUUAUAAGAAAUGAUGGUCAGAUAUGGAUUACUGUGACUUUGGAUUUUUAUUUAUGCAAAAUUUUGUUAUUGACAAAUUAUUAUAUUAGUGCUGGAAUAUUGUUACAA